AAUUAAUAAAUAUAAAAUAUAUUAGCAUAGUAACAAGUAACUAAUUUUACGCAAUAAUGAAUGCGCUAUAUGUAUUUACGCUGAUCUUCUGUCUAACAUGGACAGGAAUAAAGAGCGAUGGCGAAUGUGGAGACUGGGACCUGUUCGCGGACGAGUACUACAACAUAUGCUACAAAAUUGUGCCUGAUCAAUUGGCCGACUACGCUACCGCCGCGGCAGCUUGCCUGGCCAUGGACGGCGCAUCAUUGCCAACUAUACACACACAGGCACAGCAAAACUUUUUGACCAACCUGCUAUUCACCAAGCACAAAAUAACGGACGGUGUAUGGGUAGACGCUAAAGUUAAAAGCAAAAUACUGACCUGGGCAGAUGGCACCACCGAUGGCUUUAACAACUGGGUAGAGGGCAGACCUGUUGACGUUACUGAUGUACAAUGUGUGGAGACUGUUAAUGAUAGAGCACCUGAUAAUAUGGGUAAAUGGCUAGAUAGUAAUUGUGGCAAAAAGAACGCGGUGGUUUGCGAAAAAGUGGUUUUAUGGUCACCCCAGAAAACUCAGCGGUCAGGAAUAAAGAGCGACGGCGAUUGCGGCGACUGGGACCUGUUCGCCGACGAGUACUACAACAUAUGCUACAAAAUAGUACCUGAUCAAUUGGCCGACUACACUACCGCCGUGGCCGCGUGCCUGGCCAUGGACGGCGCCUCACUGCCCACAAUACACACGCAGGCGCAGCAAGACUUUUUGACCAACCUGCUAUUCACCAAGCACAAAAUAACGGACGGUGUAUGGGUGGACGCUAAAGUUAAAAGCAAAAUACUGACCUGGGCAGAUGGCACCACCGAUGGCUUUAACAACUGGGUAGAGGGCAGACCUAUCGAUGUUGUGGAUGUUCAGUGCGUGGAGACUGUUAAUGAUAAGGCACCUGGUAAUAUGGGCAAAUGGCUAGAUAGUAAUUGUGGCAAAAAGAACGCGGUGGUUUGCGAGAAAGUUGUUUUAUGGUCGCCCCAGAAAACUCAGCGGGCAUCAAUAAAUGGCGACAGCAUAUGCGGCAAGGGUGAUGCUUGGGAAAUAUUCCACGACGAGUACUACGAUAUAUGCUACAUAUAUCUAAAAGAGCUAGGUCUAGCUGACUACGCCACUGUGGCGGCAGCGUGCGCGGCACACGCAGAUGGCAUGGCUACACUACCCACCGUACACACAAAGGCCCAGCAGGACUUUUUGACCCAGUCACUAUUCACCAAGCACGAAAUUGUUAAUGGCGUAUGGAUGGACGCCCAGGUAAACAAAAAAGCAGUGACCUGGGCCGAUGGCACCAGCCCUAAUUAUGACAACUGGGUAGAAGGCAGACCUAUUGACGUGGCUGAUGAGUGCGUGGAAAUGGUACCUGACAAAGCGCCGGGUAAUAUGGGUAAAUGGCUAGAUGGCCCGUGUUCAAAGAAAAAUGAGGUUGUAUGCGAGAAGGUUGUUUUGUGGUCGGCGCAAAAGACCCAGCGCAUGAUCGCUGAUAAUCGUAGGCAAAUUAAAAAGCCUUAA